AUGUUAUAUGAAGAUUAUAUUUGAGUACAUUAAGACUCUCAGUAUGUUAUAUGAAGAUUAUAUUUGAGUACAUUAAGACUCUCAGUAUGUUAUAUGAAGAUUAUAUUUGAGUACAUUAAGACUCUCAGUAUGUUAUAUGAAGAUUAUAUUUGAGUACAUUAAGACCCUCAGUAUGUUAUAUGAAGAUUAUAUUUGAGUACAUUAAGACCCUCAGUAUGUUAUAUGAAGAUUAUAUUUGAGUACAUUAAGACUCUCAGUAUGUUAUAUGAAGAUUAUAUUUGAGUACAUUAAGACCCUCAGUAUGUUAUAUGAAGAUUAUAUUUGAGUACAUUAAGACCCUCAGUAUGUUAUAUGAAGAUUAUAUUUGAGUACAUUAAGACCCUCAGUAUGUUAUAUGAAGAUUAUAUUUGCAUGCUGGCAUCACUCCCUUACUUUACUAUCUCAGUUUCCACACUCUGCAACCCGUAUGUAUGCAUGUUGUAUAUUCACCCCAUGUAUUUCUACAUGAUGUAUGUAUGAAGUAUUUGCUUGAUUCUAUGUAUGAAUUAUCUGCCUGUCUCAUUUUUCUCAGUCCAUGCUAUUGGACAUGGUAUUAAAGUAGCAUUUUCUGGAACUUGGAAUAUAGGAAUAAUGGAAAUUCUCAUUUUUUUUGUUUACUGCAGCCAAGUUUUGAGGCUACUUCACAGUACAUUUCAACUAUGGAGUUGUACACUUAAAGUCAAUGCAUGUCUCUAUUUGCCUCUUUGUACUCUUGUAAUUGAUUUUUGCUCCUUGCUGGUUUAAAUGCAUUUCGAAUGUGAUUAUAAGACAUUCAUUUCUCGUCUUCCAGACCACUUUCACAUACUGACUAACACACUUGUUACUCCUAAGAUAUAUGUCGGUCUUUCUCAUUUCCAUUAUCUACCCUAUACAAUUUUAAUAUCAAUCAAUACCCAUGCGCUAAUGACACAACUUGCAGAUGAGAUGUUGAAACAUAGCAUUACAUUGAAGUGUUUUAUGACGACAAAUAUGUUUUGGCAAUUGCUUUAAAAGGAAAGUGCUCUAGUUUGACAGCAGGUCGGAAAGGAAAUGAGAGCGCUCCCUCGCAGAUUUCCCCUUCGCGGAGGAUGAGCUGUGUGUGCACUCACACAGUACACACGACGCUAAUAUCCAAGAUGAUAUUCUUAAAUGGCACGUUACCUUCUUAUUUCAUUGCACGAUUUGUUUCCAGUCAAGAAAACGCGUACAAUCAAGUUUACAAAAACAAAACGAUAGGCUUUUAUGAUUUGGGGAAACAACAUUCAACGCGCACUCCCAUCAAUUAGGCUGCCACAGGCAAACAAGGAGUUAAUUUGUCUCUGCUGAUGCACAAACCAUCUCCCUCAGUUCGGUCGUCUGACCACGGUAAGGGAGGAUACUUUUGGUGGAGAAGCAACAGAUCUUUUCCUGAGCAACAAAUACCUUCUCGAGUGCUUGGUAAAAUCCACGGAAUAUUUUAGAGAGCGCUAUUCACGGAAAUGAAUUCGCGUUUUAUUGACGAUCUUAAGGAUCAUGAAAGUGCAGGUGAGAGUCUGUCUGCAGUUUUUAAAUAUAUCAAUGUUCACUUUUCUCUGGACAGAGAGCAAUAACAGUAAAUCUUAACGGCAAAUUUCAAAUUUGACAAGUGUGCUUGUUAGAGCAUUUGGCAAGUCCGCCUGUUGCUCCACGACACAACGGAUCUGUAAACUCCUCCUGCUAAAGGUCGUGAAUUAACACUUUGGAGAAUUAAAACAGUUAAAUAGCUUCAUCUGUUUGAUUGUUUUCAGGAAAAAAACUAUUUUACUACCGUCCGCUGAAUUUUGAAUUAUUGACUCUUUACGCCGGAUUGAACACUGGAUUUCUAGUACUAGCGCUGUGGCACAGCUGGCGGAGCUCCUCAAUAACAGGUGGUUUUCUAUUCAAGGCCAAGUCAAUGCUGUUGGCUAACAUAUUGUAUGUUAAGCUGAAGCAUCAACAAUGAGAGGACAAAGAAGAAUAAAAUAAAAUUGAUACCAAACCAGAAAACGGACACUUCUGUGGACUGAAAGACUAGUUUUGACGAUAACACUUUCCCUGGGUAACCUAUCCAACUAAACCUAUGAUUAGCUCAGUGUGUGUUUCGUCUUAUCGUGGGCGCAAGUCAGGCAACAAACCUCCGUCUAAAACAUGUCUAAAGGAAGAGAUGACCAGGGGGGAAGACUCGGAAAAAAUCAUCAUAAACGUUGGUGGCACGCGUCACGAAACCUACAAGAGCACCCUUAGGACCUUGCCAGGCACCCGGCUGGCAUGGCUGGCAGACCCAGACCCCCAGGUGACUGCGGACGGUGACCCAGGGCCGAGCCAUUCGACAAACGAGUUCUUUUUUGACCGACAUCCAGGAAUUUUUUCCUACGUAUUGAAUUAUUACAGGACUGGAAAGCUUCAUUGUCCGGCAGAUGUCUGUGGCCCCUUGUUUGAAGAGGAGUUAGCGUUUUGGGCCAUUGAUGAAACAGACGUAGAGCCUUGCUGCUGGAUGACAUAUCGUCAGCACAGGGAUGCAGAAGAAGCUCUUGAAAUAUUUGAACCUCCCGAACCAGACGACAAUGAAGACGACAGAGAACUACCCAGACGCUUCGGCAUCGAGGAUUGUCCAGAUCGCUCUAGAGGAUGCUGCGAGAUCUGGCAACCAAGAGUAUGGGCACUUUUCGAUGACCCCUAUUCUUCUCAGGCCGCAAGAGCCAUUGCAUUGAUCUCCCUCUUCUUCAUCCUGCUCUCGAUCACCACCUUCUGCCUGGAGACGCACGAGUACUUUAACAUCCUCCAGUACCACAGGGAGAAUGUCACGGAGGGGAAUACCACCAGGGAGGUGGAGACCCCAGAGAUGGUCACCACACCCGGGCUGAUCAUGGUGGAGGGCGUCUGUGUGGUGUGGUUCAGCUUCGAGUUCCUGGUGCGCGUGGUCUGUUGCCCCAACAAGAUGUUCUUCAUCAAGAACACACUGAACAUCAUUGACUUCGUGGCCAUCCUGCCCUUCUACCUGGAGCUGGGCCUGAGCGGGGUCUCCUCCAAGGCCGCCAAGGACGCGCUGGGCUUCCUGCGGGUGGUGCGCUUCGUCCGGAUCCUGCGGAUCUUCAAGCUCACCCGGCACUUCGUGGGCCUCAGGGUCCUCGCCCACACCCUGCGCGCCAGCAUCAACGAGUUCUGCCUCCUCAUCAUCUUCCUCGCCCUGGGCGUCCUCAUCUUCGCCACCAUGAUCUACUACGCCGAGCGCAUCGGGGCCCACCCGGGCGAUCCGCGCGGCACCAACCACACCUGCUUCACGAACAUUCCCAUCAGCUUCUGGUGGGCGGUGGUGACCAUGACCACCCUGGGAUAUGGGGACAUGUACCCAAAGACGUGGUUGGGCAUGAUGGUGGGUGCUCUCUGUGCCCUGGCUGGUGUGUUGACCAUUGCCAUGCCCGUGCCUGUCAUCGUCAACAACUUUGGGAUGUACUACUCACUGGCCAUGGCCAAACAGAAACUGCCCAAGAGGAGGAAGAAGCACAACCCCAACCCGGACGUGCCGACUGACACUGCCUCGUUCGGGAAGUCCGAGUGUAACUCUCCUCCAGACAGCACACAGAGCGAUACAUUCCCACUGGCCGCUGAGGAAACCAGUGGAAGGAGCCGCUCAGACUCCAAGCAGAAUGGUGAUGCCAACGUGGCCCUGUCGGAGGAGGGGGGCUGCAGCCUGACCCAGCCCUUGUCCCCCAGUGAGAAGUGGACCCUACGCCGCUCCCGCGCCCGUGACAAAACUAAGAAGGAGGCCGCCUGCUUCCUGCUAACCUCCGGGGACUUCUCCUGUGUCACUGAAACCGCCGUCCUCACAGGUACUGGUAAAGGGGAAAGUGACGUGUAGGACAGCUUCCUGUAAGCUCCCCGGCCAAUAGAGCGCGGAGCUGUUCCCUCAGUCAUCACAGCCAUCGCUUGACCUUUACUUAGACGACUCAGAGGCAGAUUCCCACCCAGUUCCCUUUCAUCUGCACCAUCCCAUCAAUAUCCCUAAGUGUUUUAUUGACUCGUGCUCACCUUAAGGGUAGAAAGAACAGCAUCUGGUCGAAUCUUUUUUAUUUAUGGAUUUGAUUCAAAUUACCCUUUUAAUGUUUAAUCCCAAUGGGCUCUUUGAUGAAGAAUGCCGUGAGGAGCAGCAGUGUACUUUAGAUUGAGUUGUCAUCAUGCGACUGAAGACAACACAAAAAAAAAACCUCAUUUGUGCGUUAAUUCAUCAUCAAUUCUCAGUGCCACUGUUUUCUAAAUGGACUAGCAUCCAACAAUAAGCAUUUUCAUUCUGGAAUUAGCUUUGCCAUACCAUGCCUAAUUUUUCUGCUUUAUGUGUCACACACAAUAGGAUGUGAAGUGCUAAAAAAAAAAAAAGACAAAUCUCUGAUGAACAGCAGAGUGACAGCGACGCACAAAAGCACGCUGUCACAGUGAGAAGCCAGUGCCACAGCUGACUCCCCUCAUUAUCCGCCCCCCUCCGUCUCAAAUCCCUCUUUGCCUCAAUGACUUGCGUGUCAGCCCCUAGAAUCCCCAAAAGCUUUGUGACAGGGGAGAGAGAGAGAGAGAGAGAGAGAGAAAGACAGAGAGAGAGAGAGAGAUCUGUUUGUAGAGGUAUAUAUAUAUCUCUUUGUAUGAACCCUUGUUCCUCCUUACAGCAUGUUGUGAUCUAUCAGCUGAUGAAUGCAUUCUUGCAUGACAUGAUAAUAUCAUGAGACCUGAUUUGUCCAGAGCUUAAUUAGCAAUUAGCACUAGGGCAAUUCAAGUUAAGAUCAAUAAGGAAAAUACUAAUCGUAGGUCUGAAGAAGCCAUACUAUUAUUGUUACAGAUAAAGAGAUCACUCCCUAAAAGUAAACACAUUAGAAUGAAUUUGGCUUUUUUAAACAAAGUAUAAAUGCAUGCUACUUAUUGUCUUUGGAUCCUGAAACAUUCAAACAUGGAUGAAGGUUGUUCCACAGAGAAGCUUUUACCGCUGUGAUUCUUCUUUGGGUAGAACACUGGGUACUAUCGACGCAUGUAAUGCCUAGUGUAAUGCGAUCUCCCCUGUAACCAGGGAGACAUAGAGACUGCAUGGAGCUGUGGCGCAAGCAGCAUCCCCGACCAUGUAUCUGUGUCUGAACAUCCACAGGGACCCGGGUUUGAAUCCGACCCGCGGGCGGCCAUUUCCCGAUCCCACUCCCCAUCUCUCUUUCCAGCUCAUUUCCUGUCUACCUUCACUAUCCUGUCUGAUUAAAGGCUAAAAGUCCAAAAAUAAAUCUUAAAAAAAAGAAGAAGAAGAAGAAAAAUCAGUAGUAUAAUAGUAAUUUCGUCAUACAUUACUUUGAUUCAUGACUUGCUAAGGGCAGAAUACAGGGCAAAAACACAGCUCCCUGCUCUGAGGUAACUGAAAGAUAACUGCAUUUCGUUGCCUCAGUACCUGUACUCUGUGCAAUGACAAUAAAGUUGAAUCUA